AUGAGUGUUGAAGAAUUUGAUGACAAAGUUUUAAUCGUCAAUGGUUCAUCAUCGGUCACAAUUUUAAAAUUUGGCGCUUCUAUCAUUUCAUGGAAAUUAAAUAACGAAGAACGUUUAUGGUUAUCUUCCGGUGCAAAACUUGAUGGUUCAAAAGCAGUUAGAGGUGGUAUCCCAUUAGUUUUUCCUAUAUUUGGAAAACAAAAAGAUGAAAAACAUCCAACUUUUAAACUUGCGCAACAUGGAUUUGCGAGGAAUUCAACAUGGGAAUUUUUAGGACAAACUAGUGAAUCUCCAAUCACUAUUCAAUUUGGAUUAGGUCCUGAAAAUUUAAACAAAGAGACACAAGAAAUUUGGCCAUAUGAUUUUACUUUAAUUUAUUCAGUUAGUUUACAUGAAGACAAAUUAGUUACACAAAUAGAAGUUGAAAAUACUGGAACUCAAGCUUUUGAAUUUAAUUGGUUGUUUCAUACAUAUUAUAAAAUUCCUGAUAUUACUGACACAUUAGUAAAUAAUUUAGUAGAUCAACAGUGUUUUGAUCAAUUAGUAAAUCAACAAUAUGUUGAAAAAGCACCAGUUAUAUCGUUUCAUGAAGAAUUCGAUAGAGUUUAUAAAAAUGUAAAUCAAGAUAAAAUCUUACAAAUAGUAGAUAAAGGAAAGGUGUUAUACAAUUUGAAAAGAACCAAUUUACCCGAUUCAGUUGUUUGGAAUCCAUGGAUUAAAAAAUCUGAAGGUAUGGCUGAUUUUGAACCAAAAGAUGGUUAUUUAAAUAUGUUAUGUGUUGAACCAGGUCAUGUAAAUUCAAUGAUUUUACUUAAUUCCAAAGAUAAAUGGAAUGCAUCUCAAGAAAUUUCAACCGGUGGUGAAAUUAAAGUUCAAGCAAAUAUAUAUUAA